CAAACAUAUAGUACUACUCCUUAGGACACUGCUCAUCCAUUCACCCUUUUACUUUAUAUUUUCUCUUGUCCAUUUUCCUUUCCUCUUUCCACCUUUAACCUUUUCAUUACAUAUUGUAGUGUCUUUGUCUAUUUUCAUUUGUUCUGAUUUUCUCUCUUUGUCAGUGUAAUCUCAGCAUAAUUUCCAUCUACUAUGUUUCAUUCGUCUUCUACACAGAUGCAAACUUUGAACUCAAAUGAUGCUAUUUUCUCUCCAUACUUGAAUAACAAGGAAAGGAACUUUAUAGGAAAAAUUGGUGAAUCAAGCCAAAUAGUUAAUCCCUUUAUCAACCAAAGAAAUUCUCCUUUACAUCAAGUCCAAAAGACAGAUGAAAGUGGAGAAAUUGGAGUUUUUGGAGCUGAAAAAUACUUCAACAGAAAAGUAGUUGAAACUCCAAGAGUUUCUACAAAGUACCAAGUUGAGUAUGGAACUCCAAGUAUUAGUUCUGCAUCAACAUGGAACAGCCAAAAUGCACUCUUAAAGAAAGAUUCUGAAAAAAAUAUCAAAGAUAAGGUGCAUUCUAAGAGUGUUCUAUCAAGUCUUGGUCUCAUAUGCUCUUGUUCUGAUAAGGAUUCUGUUGAUAUCAGUGAUCAUGCAGGUGAAAUCAGUUUUAACAACAAAACUUCUAACUAUGGUGCAGUUGAUGGAAAAACAACACCGAAAAAAGUAUUCAAUCUUGGUCUUGAUGAUGAUCUUUCAAUUAAAAUAAGAAAGCCUAGUUCAGAACUUUUCAUCAAUAAAGAUGUUUUCUUUCAAAAACAAGAGAAUUUAAGUGAAAAGAAUAGUUUUGCUUCUAACUCAAGAAACCACCUUGUUAAAAUGAAAAUUCCAUUAGAUGAAGAAAAUACACCAAGAAAAUCACUUGAAGUAUUUGGAACACCAGAUCCAAUAUUGAUGAAUAACAAGAGAAGUUCCUUGAGUAUUGAUAAAAGGUUGAUUUUUCCUUCCAAAAUGGUAGAAAUUGUUGAUGCAAACUAUGAUGAUGAUGGAAGUGAUGCAAGUUCUGAUUUGUUUGAGAUUGAGAGUCUGAAAGAAAAAUCUUCCAACAAUUUUCUGAAUAGACGGACAUCAGAUGCUGCUUCAACUUGUUACGCGGCGAGUGAGGCGAGCGUAGAAUGGAGUGUAGUUACUGCCAGUGCUGCAGUUAUGUCAGACUGUGAAGAUCAAAUGUCUGAAUUUACAGUAAGGAGUCCAAUAAAGGCACCUAGGGAGAUACCGAGGCGGCGACCUGGUAUGUUGUUGGGAUGCAAGAGCCACAAAGCUGUUAGAGUUGCUGGUGAUGCUUUCAUAACAUAUGAGAAACAAAGUUUAAGUCCAAAAAUUGGUAACAGAAACAAAAACAAUGUUAUUUCUCAGGUAGCAAGGUUUCCAGGAGAAACAAAUGUUGGUAAAAAAACAAGGCAUGGACAACAUGGCUCACCAAUGCAGGCAUCUAACUCACCAAAUGCAUCAAAAUUUCUCUACAUUUCUCAAUAGUAUACACAUAUUUAAAGUAUGUGUCUGGCUAAUAUGUAUUUGUGUCUGACAUAGACACAACGCUGACACACACGUGGUUUGUGUUAUAUUUAAUUAUUUUAUUUUGUUAAACUAUUAUCACAAUGUCGAUAUGUGGUGUCAGUGAUAAAUUCGUGUUUUUAUAAA